AUGAAUGGAAAAAUGAAAUAUUUUAUUUUAAUUAAUACUGUUGCAUUUAUUCUUUAUAGUUUGGCCUGUUCUAAUAACGAAUAUAUGUGUAUCUUUGAUAAAUCUUUAGAUAAUAAAGACAGUGCACAUAAAACAUUUUCUUUUAGAACGAAUAGAUUAUUAAGGGAAAACAAGGAUAAAGGAAAAUCAAAAAAAGAUGAUGUAAAAGAAAAUGAUAGAACGAAAGGAAAAGGAAAACGUAAAGGUAAAAGUAAAAGUAAUCAAGGUUUUAAGUUAACAAAAAAACAAAAGAGAUCUGUUCUAAAUAGAUGUUUUGGAGGGAUAGAUAAAACUUUAGAAAAACAGGUAGGUGCUGCAUAUGCUAGUAUAAGUGAUUAUAAAACUUGUAAAGAUACUGGAACAAAGAAAAAAUUAAUGAAGACUGCAUGCAAGAAGUCUCUUUUAGUAUUAUUAGGUCCAUUUAUAUUAAUUGCUAUAGCAGUUGCAUUUGCUCUUGCUGGAGCUUAUGGUUCUAUGGAAGGAAUGUAUAGUGGUACAGCAAUAUCAGGUUUUCUAAGUAUUUUAGAAUCUUUUUUUAUGUACAAGAAAUACAAAAAAGCUUCAAAACAAGAAACAACCGUAGAAGCAGGUGCAGGAGGAAAAGCGGGAGAGGGAGAAGGAUCUGGAUUGGGAAUAUUAGGAGGAUUUGGUGGAGUAUUAGGAAACGCAUUAGAAGGAUUAGGAGGAAUAGGAGGAAUAGGAAAUAUGUUAGGAAUAAGCGGAGAAAAUCACUCAGAACAUGGAGAAAAUCACUCAGAACAUGGAGAAAAUCACUCAGAACAUGGACAAAAUGGAGAAGAUGAUGAAGAAGACGAAGAAAAAGAAGAUGAUGAUGAUGAAGAAGAAGAAAAAGAAAGAGAAAUGGAAAGAGAAAGAGAAAGAGAAAGAGAAGAAAGAAAAAGGGAAAGAGAAAGAGAAGAAAGAAAAAGGGAAAGAGAAAGAAAAGAAAGAAAAAGGGAAAGAGAAAGAGAAAUGGAAAGAGAAAGAGAAAGAAAAGAAAGAGAAAGAGAAAUGGAAAAAGAAAGAGAAAGAGAAUUAGAAAGACAAAGAGAGGAUGAAGAAAGAGAAAGAGAAAUGGAAAAAGAAAGAGAAAGAGAAUUAGAAAGACAAAGAGAAGAUGAAGAAGAAGAGAAAUGGAAAGAAAGAAGAAGAGAGAAGAGAAAGAGAAAUGGAAAAAGAAAGAGAAAGAGAAAGAAAGACAAAGAGAAGAUGAAGAAAGAGAAAGAGAAAUGGAAAAAGAAAGACAAAGAGAAGAUGAAGAAAGAGAAAGAGAAAGAGAAAUGGAAAAAGAAAGAGAAAGAGAAUUAG